UCUUCACCCUAACCGGUCGCUGCCUCAGAUUCUCAGAAGCUCCUCACCUUCACUACAUUCACAGGCACCUCCAGGAGCUCUUCAACUUCGCAAACUCUUGCACGUUUACUUCUCCAACUCCCAAAGCUUCAAACUUUUCAACUUCUGAAGAAGAGAUUGACCAGUGCAUUGGUGAUGGUGGAAGUGUGGUGGUCCCUGUUAGCCGCUAUCCCUGCAGUGGUUGCAGGACAAGCAAUUCGGGUGAAGAAAAGGCGUGCGGAAGAGGAGAGAAUAAAGAGUGCUAGAGGGAGGGAGAAGAGUUCCGAUGAAAUUUUUGUAUGUGAGAGGGUAUGCACAUCGAAGAGAAUGCUGAAAAAGGUUGGUGCAUUCUCAAAGGACCCAAUUCCUGAUACUUGUGUCACUGUCUGCGGUGUAUCUGAGCUCGAUGCCUGCGCGGAUGCAUGCGCGCGGACGGUUUGCGUAAACCAGCAUCAAGUACCAAACUGGAAUGACAUCUGCCUUAGGAGAUGCCAGAGUGAAUGCUUGAAACUCUCAUCCUCAAGUUCUCUUUAAAUGAGAAACAUGUGUUACAAGGGGAGUUAUCAUAGUGUUGGUCACUCCCAUUUUCUGACUUAAAUUCUCUGAUUAUGAAUGUGAUUAAUGUUGUUUGUGCAAGUCCCCUUAUCA